AUGUCCGACGACGAGGAUUUUAUGCAAGAGUCGGACGAGGAGCAGCACGUUUACCCAGCCGCGCAAGCCUGGUACGACUUUGAGUACGAGGAAGACGACGACGAGGAUUCCGGCAAUGUCGAUAUCGAGAACAAGUACUACAACGCCAAGCAGCUCAAGCUGUCAGACCCUGAGGACGCCGUCGCCGAGUUCCUAGGCAUCCCGCCAUUAGAAGAGGAAAAGGGAGAAUGGGGCUUCAAAGGUUUGAAGCAGGCCAUAAAGUUGGAGUUUAAGCUAGGGCAAUACGACAAGGCCGCUGAGCACUAUGCAGAGCUCCUCACAUACGUCAAGUCAGCCGUCACCCGAAACUACUCGGAAAAGUCCAUCAACAACAUGCUCGACUACAUCGAAAAGGGCUCCGACGGCCCCGAGGCUGUCAGAAGUAUGGAGCAAUUCUACUCGCUCACCCUUCAGAGCUUCCAGAGCACCAACAAUGAGCGGCUAUGGCUCAAGACCAACAUCAAACUAGCCAAGUUACUUCUCGACCGAAAGGAAUACCCCGCCGUGGCUAAGAAACUCCGAGAGCUCCACAAGACCUGUCAACGAGAAGAUGGAACCGAUGAUCCCAGCAAAGGCACAUACUCGCUCGAGAUUUACGCCCUGGAGAUUCAGAUGUUUGCCGAGACCAAGAACAACAAGCAGCUCAAGGCACUGUAUCAACGUGCCCUCAAGGUCAAGUCGGCCGUUCCCCAUCCUCGAAUCAUGGGCAUCAUUCGAGAGUGCGGUGGAAAGAUGCACAUGAGCGAGGAGAACUGGAAGGAAGCUCAGAGCGACUUUUUCGAAUCGUUCCGAAACUACGACGAGGCGGGCUCGCUCCAGAGAAUCCAGGUUCUCAAGUACUUGCUCUUGACAACCAUGCUUAUGAAGUCCAACAUCAAUCCGUUCGACUCUCAAGAGACCAAGCCCUACAAGACGGACCCUCGAAUCUCGGCCAUGACGGAGCUGGUUGACGCUUACCAACGGGACGACGUUCACACAUACGAAAAGGUCUUGCAACGUAACCAAGACAUCCUGGACGACUCGUUCAUCGCUGAGAACAUUGACGAGGUCACACGCAACAUGCGGACAAAGGGUGUGGUCAAGCUGAUUGCCCCCUACACACGUAUGAAGCUUGCAUGGAUCGCGAAGCAGCUCAAGAUCUCGGAGCCCGAGGUUCAGGACAUUCUGGGAUUCCUCAUCAUUGAUGGCAAGAUCAAUGGAAGGGUAAACCAGGAAAAGGGGCUCCUCGAAAUCACCUCUGAUGCCGACUCGGAGCGCAUCUAUGCUCUGCAAGGGCUCACAUCGUCGAUUGGUGACCUCUUUGGGGCCAUCUUCCGGGACGGCGAUGGGUUCCGUAACAUUGAGCAAUCGGCAGGCGACGAUCAGGGGGUGGAUAUCUCAGGUAUCCAGAUAGGAAAGGGGGCAGGCAGAGGUGGUGGCCAACACCGGAAGAAGGGUAAGGGGCCAGUCCCGGCAUGGGCCUGAGGGGAGCACAGGGACAGACAAACAACAGAUCUACUGCGUCACCGUCGACGUGACCCCGGCAGCACCAGUACCUGCGACAGCGAGGAAACGUUUGAUCCACCUAUUUCGUGUCUGUUUGCAGAAUACCCGUUCUGGCCCGGCUUGACUGGAUCGAGAAGCAGGAUCGUGGGUUGUAUCCUGCGGGUGCAUCCGUGUUGGGGAUGCGUCGACGGCAUCUCGCAUGGUACGAGGCACUGGCAACGGUGCUAUGUGCUUAUUCGUGGCGGCCACCGGGUAUCAGCAUGGUUGGGCAGCCAGUGGUUAGCGAGCAACAUGACGGUAGCAAAAGACGAAGCUGGGCUUGUGUGCAGAAAGGACCAGGGCCGAAGUGACGCCGUAUUCGGACUUGAUCCCAUGUCGUGUGUAGUGUAGCGAGACGAGUCUAGAGUAACGUAUCUAGGAUUCCAAAGAGACAUAGACUUGAACAUG